CACUCGGCUUCACCAUUAGUGCCCCUGCUUAAAUAGUAUUCUCCUCCUGCUCAUCUAUACCUAGCGCUCGUGCUUGUUGGAUUGCUGUCAUUGAGCUAAUCCCAUUCAUCGAUCUGCUCCACGAAGUCUGCUCGAAACAGUGACCGAUUCACCCAUGGCCAUUGGAGAGAUCGUUUUGGGUUCCUUCUUGGCUUCCUUCUUUCAAGUUCUAUUCGACAAGUUGUCUUCUCUCAUAGUGGCCUAUGCGCAACGAGAAGGAUUCAAUGCUGCCUUGCUCGAGGACUGGAAGGGAAUGUUUUUAACAAUCAAUGCAGUGUUAGUUGAUGCAGAGGACAAGCAACUUAGCAAUAAUCCUCUAGUGAAGCUAUGGCUAGACGAUGUUAGGGACUUGGCCUAUGACAUGGAAGACUUGCUUGAUGAGUUGGCAAUCAAAAUCGCUCAAGUGGAGUUGAAGGCAAAAUCCAGCACAAGCAAAGGUCUAGAGAAAUGGAAGUCCUCUUUCUUUGGCCAAGAUAAAUCCUCUGGAUUGAAUCCAAACCUGCACUCGCUUGUGUCGGAAACCAAGGUACAAGAGAUCAAUGGCAGAUUGAAAGCAAUUGUCACUAGGAAGGCUCAUCUAAGCUUGAGAGAGAAUGUCGUGGACAAAUCCAACUACACCAACAAAAGGGAUCCCACCACUUCUUUGUCGGAGCCUCAGUUUUUGGGCAGGGAGAAGGAAGAAGCACAAAUAAUCGAACUAUUGAUAAGUGAGGUAGAAAAUUCCAAUGCCACGCUAAGCAUAGUCCCCAUAGUUGGGAUGGGCGGUGUUGGAAAGACAGCCUUGGCUCAACGGGUAUAUAAUGAUGCCAAAGUGAAUUGUUGCUUCGAGAAGAGAGCAUGGGUUUGUGUCUCAAAUGUUUUUGAUGUCCUUGACAUAACAAAGACUAUAUUGCAGUCGAUCACUGGGUUGUCCAACGAGGGUGAAGAUCUUAACAAGCUUCAAGUUAAGUUGAAGGAUAGUCUAUCUGGGAAGAAGUUUCUUGUGGUUUUAGAUGAUAUCUGGAAUGAAAAAUACGAAAAAUGGACUGCCUUCUUAAAGCCAUUUGAAGCGGGGGCUAAGGGAAGCAAGAUCAUCAUUACAACUCGCAACCGUAAUGUUGCCUCUAUAACAAGAGCUUCACCAUAUCCUUUGAGAGAAUUGUCCUUUGAUAAUUGUAUAAGCUUAUUAGCCUUUCAUGCUCUUGGAGUAACAAAUUUUGAGACCCACCCGGCUUUUGAAAUGAUAGGCAAGAAAAUAGCUAAAAGAUGUAAAGGUUUACCUUUGGCAGCGAAGAUGUUGGGCGGUGUCCUACGUACUAAAAGUAAUCCCGAUGAAUGGGAAGAUGCCUUAAAUAAUAGAAUAUGGGAUCUUCCAAUGGCAGAGAAUGAUGAGGUUCUCCCUGUUUUGAAAUUGAGCUAUGCCCAUCUUCCUUCCUAUUUGAAGAGAUGUUUUGCUUAUUGUGCAAUAUUUCCCAAGGAUUAUGAAAUUGAAAGGGAUGAGCUGGUACUCUUAUGGAUAGCAGAGGGCUUUUUAGAUGGACAAAAAGCAAAGGAAAACAACUUGAGAUUAGGAAGGAAUUACUUCGAUGAGUUAAUAUCCAGAUCAUUUCUUCAACAAUCAAGUGUGGACGCAUCUAAGUUUUCAAUGCAUGAUCUUUUGAAUGAUCUAGCAAAAUCAAUUGCAGGUGGGUCGUGCUUUAGCUCUGGGGAAUCUCAGCUGGCAAUUAAUGAAGAUGAAGCAACUCUUGAGAAAGCUCGUUAUGCAUCAUUCAUCUCGUCGGAAUUUGUUACAUCAAAAUGCUUAAGAGCAUAUCACCGAAUGAAGGCACUAAGAAGUUUAAUGUUACUAGGGGGCGAUUUCUAUAUUUCCAACAAGGUGUUACAUGACUUGCUAAUAGAACUAAAGUACUUGAGGGUGCUCUCAGUAUGUCAUUGUGACAUCGUAGAAGUACCGAAUUGUGUUGGUAAUUUAGAACAUCUUCGAUAUCUCAAUUUCUCGUACACUGAUAUUGAAAGGCUACCUGAAUCAAUUGUCAGCUUGUGUAAAUUACAAGCUUUGAUCUUAAGAGGGUGUCGAAACCUUUCAAAGUUGUCUCAAGGUAUCACAAAGUUGGUUAGCUUACAGUUUCUUGAUGUUAGAGGCACAUGGAAUCUAGAAGAGAUGCCAAUGGGUAUUGGUAAUUUGAAGAAUCUUACUAUCUUGUCCAAGUUUGUAGUAGGACCAGAGAAAGGGUUGCGGUUAAAGGAGCUAAAGGACUUGCCACAUCUUCAAGGAGAAUUAUUCAUAUCAGAAUUGCAAAAGGUGGAGGAAGUUAGAGAUGUAGUUGAUGCCAAUUUGCUUCGAAAGCAAGGCCUUACCAACUUAUCCUUGCAUUGGGAUGAACAUUUGGGAAAUCUCCAUAAUCAUGAGCAUGAAGCACAAGUGGUUGAGUCUUUGCAACCCACACUAAUCUUGAAAAUCUCACUAUUUUGAACUAUGGUGGUGCAAUAUUCCCGUCAUGGUUAGAUAGUCCAUCCUUUUCUAAGUUGGUGUCCUUGUGCUUGUGGGACUGUCCUAAUGUUAUAUCACUGCCUUCACUUGGACAACUACCAUCACUUAAGGAAUUAUCUCUUGAAGGUUUACAUGCAAUAAGAAUGAUAGGCUCUGAGUUUUACGGAGGUAAAAGGCCUUUCUCAUCCUUAACAACUUUGAAGUUGGCAGAGAUGUUGGCAUGGAAGGAUUGGUCUCCUUAUGCCGGGGACCCAAAAGAAGAAUUUCCGUUCUCUUGUCUCCAACAUCUUGUUGUCUGGAGCUGUCCUUCGUUGGUCGGGACAUUGCCUUGUCAACUUGAUCGUCUUAUAAAGCUUGAAAUUCAUUCAUGUCCGCAUUUGAAUAACUCAACCAAUGUGGCCCGUCUUCCAUCUCUCCGUGAGUUAUACCUUAAAAAUUGUAACAAUGAGAUCUUAAAGAGCUUAGUCAACCUAACUUCUUUGACCAUUCUUAGAAUUGAAAACCUUGCCCAGCUUGUUUGCUUUGAUCAUGAGUUUAUGAGUUACUUGGUCAAGCUAAAGGAGCUUCGUAUAUGAGGGUGUGACAAGCUAAAAUACUUGUGGCAAGAUGGAAAUGAAAUGCUAAAUCUUACUUGCCUCCAUGAAUUAGCCAUUGAAAGAUGUCCUCAAUUCACAUCCUUUGUGGCAGUAGAAGGAGAAAUGGAGCUGCCCUGCAACCUUGAAAGGAUGGAAUUGAGUAAUUGCCCGAGUUUAGAAAAACUUCCAAGCAAGAUGCACACACUCAGACAUUUGGACAUUCAGGAUUGUCCAAAACUCACUGGACAAACCAUUCAUUCAUAUGACCCCAACAGCAAUAACACAAUAUCUCAACUUGAAUAUCUGCGAAUUAUUAGAUGUGAUGCUCUAACAUCCUUUCUAUUUGCCAAGGGUAGACUUGUUGCUCUAAAGAAACUUACAAUUUGGGAGUGCAAGGGGUUGAAGUCAUUGGAAGAGAUCACCAUACAAUCGCUCGAAGAAAUGACAAUUGGCGGCUGUAAGAAUCUGGGAUGUCUACCAAAGUGCCUUUACAUGCUCUCUCAUCUCACUCAUUUGCAAAUAAUAGACUGUCCAACACUAGAGAUAGAGGACUUCCCUCCCCUUCCCAUAACCCUAUCAAGUCUUACACUUUCUAACUGUCCAAAAAUAAAGUCCAUUGCCAUCUGUAACAAUCUCACUAAAUUAGAAAUGAAAGACUGUCCAGCACUAGAGAUAGAUGACUUCCCUCCUCUACCUAUCACCCUGUCAUAUUUCUUUCUAAAAAAUUGUCCGAAGAUAAAGUCUCUACCAAAUCGGUGGCAUCAUCUUACAUCCCUCCAAUGUUUAGAAAUUAGUAAAUGCCAAAAUAUCAAAUGCUUCCCCAAAGGAGGUUUGCCUCCCAAUUUGCGAGGCCUUUUGAUAAAAGGGUGUGAGAAUAUGAAGCAGCCAGUGAGAGAAUGGAGCUUACCCCUGCUUACAUCCCUCGAGUUUCUAACUAUUGACUUGAGCAUGGGAGGGGAGGGAGAGAAGGAGUGGUUUCCUUCGGAGGAAGACGAGGAGGAUGUUGGAAUCUUCUCUUUCCUUCCUCUCUAAUAGCUCUCCAGAUGAAAAGAAUGAGGAACGUGGAAAGAUUAGCGAGCGGUUUUCGCAACCAGCUCUCUUCUCUCAAACAUUUAGGGUUUGUAGAUUGCCCGAAGUUGAGGAAACUGCCAGAGGAUGGCCUUCCUCCUUCCCUCCAAUCAUUGGAUAUAACAAGAUGCGAGAUUCUGGAAGAUCGAUGCUCAAAACUCAUUGGUGACUAUUGGCCCCUCAUCCAAGAAAUCCCUCACAUUCUCAUUAAUUACAGUCGGAUCCAAUGAAGUGAAAUCGAUCCACUUUCGCUUUCGUUUGCUGGCUACGGCGAUUCAUUCUUCGAUGUACAGUCAGAUUUCUAGGCUUCAAAUUUAUGGAGGAGAGAUAUGAGGAAUGUGGUAAGACUAUCAACAAUGGAGGAUGUAGAAAGCGUGGAGUACUCUGUUUCCUUCAGUCUCUUCCUCUCUUUGGAUGAGAAAUAGGAGGAACGUGCAAAGAUUAUCAAGUGGUCUUCGCAGCCAUCUCUCAACUCUCAAACAGCUACAUUUAUAAGUGACUGGAAAUUGCCAAGAGGAUGGCUCCAUUCCCUCCUCCAAGUAUUCGGUAUAAUUCACUGAGAAAUUCUGAAAGAUUGAUGCUUGAAACUCAGUGGCGACUAUUGGCAACUCAUCCGAGAAAUCCCACUCAUCAUAGUUGAUUGAUUUCGGAUAUGAUAAGAAAAUCUCUCUCCAAUGUCUAUUUUUGUUCUUCAGAAUAUCCUAUGGUCAUCUUUAAUUGGAAAAAUCUCUCAGGAGGAUCAAAUGCUAAUGUUGUUGAGGCAGGCAACUAUUGUGCUUAUGUUCAUCUUUUGAAACUUGACAAAAGAAAAACAGAAGGCAAUUUAUUUUGGCAGAAAGAGCAAUAAGACUAUGAUCUGUCCAAAUUCUGGAGAUAUUUCUAUGCGAGAUUAUGAAAGAGCAAUGCUCAAAACUCAUUGGCAACUAUUGGCCCCUCAUCCAAAAGAUCCCUCUCAUCUACAUUGGUGGCAUUUGGAUAUAAUUAAUUGAAAUUGAUCACACCCCAGCCAUGACAAAAGAUUUAUUUCCGUUGACUACUUUUCCUCUUUAGCAAUUGUUAUUCAGGAUUAAUUGAUCAUCCCAUUCCAGAAUUUUGGAUGAGAAAUAUGGGGAAUUUGGAAAGACUAUCAACGGUGGAGGAUGUAUGAUGCAUGGAGUCUUCUGUUUCCUUCCUCUCUAUCCUCUCUUUGCAUGAGAAAUAUGGGGAGUGGAAAGACUAUCAACUGGUGCUCACGGCCAUCUCCCCUCCCUCAAACAGUUAUAUUUUCCAUGUUGCUCAAAGCUUGGGUACUUGUCAGAGGAUGGCUUCCCUCCCUCCCUCAAAAGUAUUCCACAUAAUUCAAUGUGAGAUUCCGAAGGAUGGAUCCUCUCUUGCCGGUGACUAUUGGCACCUCAUCCAAAAAAUCCCACUCAUUGUGAUUGAUCUAGUUCGGAUCCAACAAGAAGAUUUCUCUCCACUGUCUUAAGUUUUGUUCAUCGGGAAAGGCGGAGAGGAGCAAUAAGGGAGACUAUGCUUUGUUUCUCUGUUGAAGAAUCCCAAAAGUCUCACGUUUGCCAUGAAGUAUUUUGAUUGAAAAUUGCAAGAAGGAGCUCCCGUCACAGUUAAUCUUCACAAAACCUUGCUCGGGUUACUCUACAGACCCUGCCUUUGAUCCACCCAAUCGUGACUUAGCUCUCUUACAUUUUUAACAGGCAACACAAUCUAAAAGAGCUUUCCUAAUCUGUGUAGUGAUAGUUCCAGGAUCAAGUGAUUUAUGUUUAAUGGUUAUUGCAUUUCGAGUGUUCCAGAUUAACAUUCUUAAGCGUUAUUGGCCCAUAACAAGUCAUUCGAUCUCCUGACGUCACAUUUGUAGAAUAUCAGGCCGUACCAAUAAGUGUCUAUCGCCAGUGAUUAGCGAUCUCCAAUACUUGUCAGUUAACAUAAUCAUAGGAGUUUUCCAGCCAUCAAAAAAUAAAAAUAAUCAACAGGGUAUGCCAGUUCAUUUUUUGUUGCAGUCAAUUAGGUGUGCAUAUAAUUUUAUUAGAUCACUCUUGUAAUUCUUCAUUAUGCAUGAAAGAUCAUUGUUAUUCAGGACUAAUUUCUCGUCCUAUUUCAGACUUUUGGAUGAGAAAUAUGAGGACUGUGGAAAGACUAUCAACAAUGGAGGAUGUAAGAAGCGUGGAGUAUUCUGUUUCCUUUGUCUCUGAUUUCUCUUUGGAUGACAAAUAUAAGGAACGUGGAAAGAUUAUCAAGUGGUCUUCAUAACCAUCUCUCCUCUCUCAAAUAGCUAUCUUUUAUAGGUUACUGGUGCUUGCCAGGGGAUGGCUUUGCUCCCUCCUUCAAGUAUUCGGCAUAAUGCAAUGUGAAAUUCUGAAAGAUUAGUGCUCAAAAUUCAAUGGGGACUAUUGGCACCUCAUCCAAGAAAUCCCAUUCAUUAUAGUUGAUCGAGUUCGAAUUCGACAAGAAGAUUUCUCUCCAAUGUCUAAUUUUAAUUCUUUAGAAUAUCCCAAUGUCAUCUUAUUUGGCAAAAUCCUUCAGGAGGAUCGAACGCAAACACUGUUGAGGUGGGCAAAUGUUGUGCUUAUGUUCAGAUUCUGCAACUUGACAAAAGAAAAACAAAAGGCUAUUUAUUUUGAAUAUCCUACUGUCAUCUGUAGUUGGCAAAAUCUCUCGGGAGGAUCAAAUGCACGCAAUGUUGAGGCGGAGAGAAGCAAUCGGGGAGAACUAUGCUCUGUCGUCCUGUUAAGUCAUCAUGAAUGCCUCACAUUUGCCACAAUGUAUUUUGAUUUAAGAUUGUGAGAAGGCCGUCAUUCAAUACCACUCGCAACCAUCUAUCUUGGAUGGGCAAG